AUGCCCAAUCUGCACAUGGAGUUUGAGGAGUCAGUCUUCGCCCUGGCAAGAGCGCUGCAGGUCCCCACUGGCCGUCCUUUGAUCCAGGUCUGCGACGAGUUCGAAUUCAAAGUGCCGACCUUCGCAGAGUGCGAUCGUCUCGUGAAGAAGAUCAAGGGCUGGUACAACACGUCCAUGCCAGCGAAGUUGCCAGGCGAGCCGAAAGGCGGGAACCAGGAUGGCAGCACGGAUGCGAAAACUCAUGUCCGCAGCCCAGAGCUGUUCGACGAGUUGGUAUUGGCAGACGGCAAGAAAGAGGCCUGGGCACCCCGGGCCAACAAGAUCACCGGGCAGUGGUUCGACCAGAUCAAGAAUUUGAAGGAUGUCUCCGCGAACCUCAUGUUCUUGAAGUCAGAGGAUCUCGCGGACGCUUUGACCGCAACCUUUGCGAGGAUGGGCUCGUUCUUUGGAGUGAACGCAUCCCUGUUUCCUUACGAGGUGACGGACGGCACUUCGCGUAUCGCGCAGAUGCCUCUGUAUCAGAUUUCCGGAUGGAGGCCCAUGCUGUGCAGCACGAGGCGCUUCAUCUACUCCAAGACGCGUGAUGUUUGCGAAGAGUUGGAUUCCUUCGGGGUCCACUACAGCUCCUGCCUGGGAGAGAAGGACGACUGCGUGGACCCUGCACCUGGAUCAUCCAAGAUGCCUAUGCCGGGAAGCUUUCCGUACUUGCCUUCCUUGCCGUUGAAGGAGUCUGCACCAUCGAACCUGGUUGUUGUCGGCGGAUUUCGGACAUGUGGCACAAGGCGAAUCUACGACAUGCUGGAAUCUCACCCGAACAUUGUCACCCUUUCAAUUCAAGUUGGUGCGAUCCCCAAUCUGCAACUGGAGUUUGAGGAGGUGGUCUUCGCCCUGGCAAAAGCGCUGCAAGUCCCUACGGGCCGUCAAUUGAUACAGACUUGUGACCAGUAUAAACCACACCAGGCGCAGACCUUCAAAGAAUGCGAUCGUCUCGUGAACAAGAUCAGGGGUUCGUACAACACGUCCAUGCCAGCGACACUGGUCGUCACGGACCCCUCCUUCUUUGACAAGGGAAUGCUCGCGUCUCGCUGGCCGGGUAAAGUCAAGUUGCUCUUCGUGGUGCGUGAGCCAGCAGACUUCCUGUGGGCAGCCUACAACAUCUGGGUGCUGCCGGGAGAGCCGAAGGGACAGGAUGGCAAGACGGGGGCGAAGAUUCACGUCCGCAGCCCUGAGCUUUUCAACGAGUUGGUUUUGGCGGACGGCAAGAAAGAGGCCUGGGCACCCAGGGCCAACAAGAUCACCGGGCAGUGGUUCGACCAGAUCAAGAAUUUGAAGGAUGUCUCCGCGAACCUCAUGUUCUUGAAGUCAGAGGAUCUUGCGAAGACUUUGAGUGCAACCCUGGCGAGGAUGGGCUCUUUCUUCGGAGUGGACGCGGCGCUAUUUUCUUACGAGGUGACGGACGGCUACAUCAACUCACUCGCUGCGCGCGUCGCGAGGACGCCUCUGUAUCAGAUUUCUGGGUACAGGCCAAUGCUGUGCAGGACGAGGCGCUUCAUCUACUCCAAGACGCGUGAUGUUUGCGAAGACUUGGAUUCCUUCGGGGUUCACUACAGUGCCUGCCUGGGAGAGCAUGACGACUGCGUGGACCCUAGGAAGGAGGCAAACUCUUCCGCACCAUCGAAUCUGGUGGUUGUCGGGGGAUUUCGAACAUGUGGCACGCAACGAAUCUACGACAUGCUGAAAUCUCACCCGAACAUUGUCACCCUUCCAAUUCAAGUUGGUGCUCUGCCCAAUCUGGAAUUGGAGUUUGAGGAGGUGGUCUUUGCCCUGGCAAAAGCGCUGCAAGUGCCUAAUGGCCGUCGUUUGAUGCAAGUUUGCGACGAGUUUCAGCUCAAAGUGCCUACAUUCGUAGAGUGCGAUCGUCUUGUGAACAAGAUCAAGGGCUCGUACGACACGUCCAUGCCAGCGACACUGGUCGUCACGGACCCCUCCUUCUUUGACAAGGGAAUGCUUGCCGCACGCUGGCCCGGCAAAGUCAAGCUGCUCUUCGUGGUGCGCGAGCCAGCAGACUUCUUAUGGGCAGCUUACAACAAUUGGGCGCUACCAGGCGAGCCGAAAGGCAAUAGCCAGGAUGGCCGCACGAAGAUGAAGACUCACGUGCGGAGCCCUGAGCGUUUCAACGAGUUGGUAUUGGCAGACGGCAAGAAAGAGGCCUGGGCACCCAGGGCCAACAAGAUCACCGGGCAGUGGUUCAACCAGAUCAAGAAUCUGAAGGAUGUUUCCGCGAAUCUUCUUUUCUUGAAGUUCGAGGAUCUUGCGGGCAAUUUGACCGACACCUUGCCGAGGAUGGGCUCCUUCUUCGGAGUGAAUGCAUCGCUAUUUCCUUCCGAGGUGACGGACGGCUACAUCAAGUCACUUGCUUCCCUCCUCGCGCGGACGCCUCUGUCUCAGAUUUCCGGGUACAGGCCCAUGCUGUGCAGGACGAGGCGCUUCAUCUACUCAAAGACGCGUGAUGUUUGCGAAGAGUUGGAUUCCUUCGGAGUCCACUACAGCGCUUGCCUGGGAGAGCAUGACGAAUGCGUGGAUCCCACAAAGGAGGCAAGCUCUUCCCCACCAUCGAAUCUGGUUGUUAUCGGGGGAUUUCGAACAUGUGGCACGCAACGCAUCUACGACAUGCUGAAAUCCCAUCCGAACAUUGUCACUCUGUCAAUUCAAGUUGGUGCUCUGCCCAAGCUGGAAUUGGAGUUUGAGGAGGUGGUCUUUGCCCUGGCAAAGGCGCUGCAAGUGCCUACUGGCCGUCGUUUGAUACAGGUUUGCGACGAGUUUCAAUUCAAAGUGCCUACCUUCAUAGAGUGCGGUCGUCUCGUGAACAAGAUCCGGGGCUCGUACAACACGUCCAUGCCAGCGACACUGGUUGUCACAGACCCCUCUUUCUUUGACAAGGGAAUUCUUGCCACACGCUGGCCUGGCAAAGUCAAGCUGCUCGUUGUGGUGCGCGACCCAGCAGACUUCUUAUGGGCAGCUUACAACACUUGGGCGCUACCAGGGGAGCCGAACGGCAACAGCCAGGCUGGCGGCACGAAGAUGAAGAUUCACGUCCGCAGCCCUGAGCGUUUCAACGAGUUGGUAUUGGCGGACGGCAAGAAAGAGGCCUGGGCACCCCGGGCCAACAAGAUCACUGGACAGUGGUUCAACCAGAUCAAGAAUCUGAAGGAUGUCUCUAGGAAUCUCCUGUUCUUGAAGUUCGAGGGCUUCUCACAGAACUCGGCGGGGAACUUGGGGGAGAUGGGCUCCUUCUUCGGAGUGGACCCGUCGCUGUUUCAUAACGAGGUGGCGGAUGUCAACACCACCUGGAACGCUUCGGUCCCGCGGACACCUAUGUAUCAGAUUUCCGGGUGGAGGCCAAUGCUGUGCAGCACGAGGCGCUUCAUUUACUCCAAGACGCGAGAUGUUUGCGAAGAGUUGGAUUCCAUCGGGAUUCACUACAACGCCUGCCUGGGAGAGCAUGACGACUGCGUGGACCCCCCGCCUGGAUCAUCUUUUCCCCCCAGACCUGCGCCGAGGCCGCGGCCUUUCAUGCCCGGAAGGUUUCGACUUCGACAGAAAGCGUUUGCCAACGGCUUGCCAACCUUGGUGUUCAACGGCACAGCACCUAAUGUCAAACAGGGUGUGGCUGCGAUGGUCGAGAAUUCUCCGAGUGCUGCGGAAAUACCGAUUUUCGUGGUGGGCCUGACGUUUGGCGGGAUUAUCGCCCGCAUGAUGAAGGGCCGGUGA